AUGGUAACCGAGCAUCUAGCCUACCAGCUAUUAGCGAGCUAUGGAAAGGACAAAGAGAUCACAACCGCUCUAGAAAACUUUGACUUCUACAUUCUUCCUAUAGUCAACCCCGAUGACGCCCCCGAGACAGCAGCACUAGCACGGCACAUGCGCAGGGUGAAGGAGCGCCAAGGGCUGAAGCUCUUCGUAGAUUGGCAUGCUUUCGGGCAGCUGGUGAUGUACCGACACACCUGCAAAAGUUCCUCCCGCCUACCCUCCAAGCACCCUCUGCCAAGGUUAGCUCGCCGCAUUGCAGCCGCAAUGAAUUCCGUUUAUAACAACCCCUACAAAACUGGCACUGCGUGCGAGGUGCUGUACCCUACUACCGGGUCAGCCGAGGACUAUGCAUGGGAUGUGGUGGGCGCAACGUACAGUUUCACGAUUGAGCUGCCUCCACGAACACAUCAGGAGGGGAAGAAAGGGAAGACAGGGUUUCAUUUGCCUAAGGUGCAGAUUGCUCGGGCCGGGGAGGAGGCGUUUGAGGGGGUUAGGGAAAUGAUGAGGUUUAUUGUGAAUGAGGAUAAUUGCAAGGAAGAGUAA